AUGACCAUCUCUGACUGGAAAAUCCUUGCCUAUGUUCAACUUGUGUACUUUGCACUCUUUGCAAUUGCAUUUACUAUCAGUGUUAUUCAAAUACUAGGUGUGCGUCGUAAUGCUAUAUCAACUUUUGACGCUGGGAUCAACAAAAUUAUCAAGUUUUAUGGUUUAUAUUUUGGGCUUUUCAUUCUAUGCAAAAUAGCGGGAGGUGCCUGUGCAAUUGUAUUGUACAGUUUAAAAACCUCAAAUACAAACUUGUACAUCGCAACUUAUGUGUUGGAUUCAGUUUCCAUCAGUAUGCUUAUCAAGUCAUUUCUCCCGCUUAUCGAAUUCUUAAUCGACAAGCGAACAGAAGUUCUUGACCACCAACAUGAUAUCCAUAACCCGGAUUUCAAAAAAAGUCCAGAUUAUGAACUUCCACCAAAGCCAAAGUAUCAUCCAUUUCAAGUAUUGACUGUGUUACUUCUUGUUGGUCUUAUUUUAUCAAUUGUUGCUUCAAGUUCGAUGGACAGCAGCUCAGCCUCAUCAUACAAGACCCUUUUAAAGGCGUCAGCGUUUAUUUUCCUUGCAGUUAUUCUUAUUAUAACGGGUAUUCUAGCAUUUUCAGUUUCCUUCUUCUCCAACUCAAUUUAUGCUCAUGGAUACUUAUUGGUUCUGCAAGCCUACAUUUUACUACUUGCUAUGCCAUUCAUGUUAAUAAGAGUUAUCUAUUCAUUACUUUCUGCCUUUUCAGGUGCAAACAUCUUGCUGGGACAUCCUAGUAAGUACACCUUGCUUCUUGGUGACUACAAAUACUAUACAUUUAUGGCAUUCGCUGAAGAAUGUAUAAUAUCAAUUAUCUUAUUGUUCAGUAUGUAUUACUUUUCAAAAAAUGUUUCCCGGUUCUAA